CAGAUCUGGAGUUCCAGUAGGUCGUGCUCUAGUGUAACGCUAAUGAGUUCCAAAAUGGUGGCUUAUGGUGUCUCGCGAGCGUUACGUUCGGCGGCUUUUCCAGUCAAGGGUUUUAGCACUUAAAUCCUGAACAGGCUGCCAAACCUGUCGUAGAAGGGCAGAGAUCGUUCCUUAGCGGCCGCCUUCACCUGAGAAAUGAUUAAACUCGUAGCCGACAGCACGGAAGAGUCGCAUUCAGAUGAUAAAAAUAUUGGCAAAGUGGAACGGCCAGAGAACAGAGCGUCCACGCCAACCCAAGUGGACAGCAAAAGUGUGACAAGUGACGCUGCAGCGUCAAAGCCUGUGAAAGAACAGCAGGAACCGUGCUUCCACCGUAGUGCCCUGCUGCUUGCACACCGUGGAGGAGUUCAUGGCAGGCCACGAAGCCUUGCACUUCCGAGAGAGCUGGCCAUCAAUGUUGUGGCCAAAAACCCUCAGCAGCUGGGCACCCCUGGAAGCAGCAAGAGGGCGGGUCCUUCGAGGGCUUCCAUCUUGAAGCAGAAUUCGGCUCCCCUUAUCGUGGAUGAGAUAGAUGCUGCAGAGGAAACUGUGACAACAAGCUUCCCAAAUAAGGCUACAGGGAGCAGCAGGUCGGGACCACAGAUGUGUCCUGUCUGCAAAAAAAUAAUCAGCAGUGCCAGCAACUUGAGGCAGCACUACACCAUAUGUCACACGUCCUCCGAACGGCCCUUCCCAUGUGACAUGUGUCAGAAGCGUUUUAACACUGAGAGCAACCUCAGGCAGCACCGGCGAACACACACGGGUGAGCGCCCCUUCCCAUGCCCACAUUGUGACCGUUCUUUUGGCACAUCUACAAACUUGAGGCAGCACGAAAGAACUCAUACGGGUGAACGGCCUUUUGCCUGCUCUGAGUGCCCUCGUGCCUUCCAGACUUCCAGUAAUCUCCGGCAACACCUGCGGAUACACACCGGUGAACGACCUUUCCCAUGUCCCGAGUGUGGCAAGCGUUUUGGGUCAUCAGCAAACCUGAGGCAGCAUCGCAAGACGCAUGAUAAUCACCGGUUGGAACAGAACAGGCACGACCUUCUCGUGAAGAUGUCUGCAUGUGACCAGACUUCAAAGAAGGGCAGUGAGGAGGACCCUGCAGAGAGUGAAGACGAAGCACCUCGGCCAGAUACGGUCAUCCUGGUGGAGAUGGAUGAGAGGGACGAGUCCCCUAAUGGCACUGAGAUGAUUGUGGGCUACCAAAGUGUAGCCGAUGGAACUGGUUGACUGCUGUAGCGUGCAGCAUCGUGCAGCUGGAGUGCUUUUGGCAAGGUGUUGUGCUCAGUCUGAACAUAAUAUUGUGAAGAGUGUCGUUCACUAAUACAAUAACGACAUUGUAAAAAGAAAACAUGGAA